UGCCCAGCAGGAUUUUAUUGUGAAACACAGACAAUAGAACCAAAGCCAUGCAGAGCGGGGACGUACACAGACCAAUCAGGCCAAACAAAUUGCUUGGAUUGUCCAGCUGGAUUUGUAUGCAGCGACAUUGCGACCAUCCAACCGACGGUAUGUCCAGCAGGAUACUACUGCGAGUCGAACUGCUCGUCGCCUACUCCGUGUCCCAUCGGCACAUACAGCAGCUCGCUCGGACUCGAGGCAGAGUCUGAGUGCCGCCUGUGUCCGGCGGGUCGGUACUGCGCCUCAGUAGGUAUUACGCAGAGCACGGGGGAGUGCAUAGCGGGGAUAUUCUGCGAGGCAGGGGCGAAUGACUCGUCGACGCUUGUCGACGUGGAGUCGCCCUCAGGGCGGCGGAGAGUCAUACCGUGUCCAGCGGGGCACUACUGCAUAGCAGGGUCCGAGGCACCCUCGCCUUGUCCUCCAGGGACCUACUGUGCAGGCGGAGACUCUCUACCCGCUCCAUGCGAGCCCGGGACGUACAACCAGGAAGCGAUGCAGACGAGCUGCAAGCCAUGUCCGCCCGGGUACAUCUGUAGCCCACGCGCAGUCGUGGACUAUGCGAGAGGGCGAGCGUAUGCAGUAGAGGGGCUCGAGGCGUGCGCCGAUCCUGACGUCGGGAUGCCGAGCUGGACGCAGGAGCUGGUCGGAGGGGGCGGCCAGUCUGAUAGGCGGGGUAGCGCAUGGACGGGACGACAGCCGGUAUGUCAGCGUGAGCGUGUGGAACCAUAG